AUGACCGACAGACUCACUCAACUCCAGAUCUGUGUGGACCAGCUCAUCGAGCAAUUCAAUGCCACCGUCAACUACGUUAAUGUGCACAGCGAGCAGGCACCUCUCGAUGAAGACCCCAGUUCUGUCACCAAUAUAGCUGCCAGUGCGCCGGUGGCCGGGCAAGUACCUCCACAACCAACCCAACCACAAACAGGCCAAACCAGCAACGGACUCUCGGACCACCCGACUUCACAUGAGAGUGAGGGUCUGGGUGCCAAUUUCGAUAACACCAUCAACGAGUUGUCGACGGAUAUAAUACUAAAGUCUCGACAAAUCUCUAUGCUAAUUGAUUCCUUACCAGGAGUAGGGAUAUCUGAAGAUUCACAGAUGCAGUUAAUCAAGGAUCUAUCGGUGGAGCUUCAGGAGGUUGAAAGUGAGAGAAUACAAAAAAUACACCAGAAAGAUGAGCUUUUAAAGUGGGUUGAAGGUUUGAUUUUAGAGGUCGCUUCUGGCAUCUCCAACACAAAGUAA